AUGACUUCAAAACCAGAAACUGUAAAAGGGACGGCCACGACCGAAGCUACUCCUGAAGGAGAAUACCGCGGAUGGGCCGGGGCUGGGGCUGGGGCCGGGGCCGAGGCCGAGCCGACAGCUGAACCGACGGCCGAACCUCAGCCCGAGUGGGAUAUUGCUGUGGAGACUUGGGGAGUCGCGUGGGAAUUUCAUCAAUAUGGACUCGGAGCUCUAUUCGGUGUCAUCAGUUUACUAGCGUUUGUGGCGCUGGUGAAAUUAUUUAAAAUGGAUAGGGGGGCUCGACAAAAGAAAGUGUCGUUCGUUGUGCUGAGUCAAAUCUUCAUCUUCGGUUCAUCAAGAUGUCUCUUUCUGUGUAUUGACGCCUACCAUUCAAAGAAGCAUGUUUCAGCGAAAGUGACGAGUCUACUCUGGGGAAUUGGACAGCCUUGUUUGAUUACAGCGUUCAUGCUGAUUUUCUUAGUGUUGCGAAAUGCUUUAGUGAUGAAAAACAGAUUUCAAACCUGGUAUACGACAAGAAACAUAACUUUGGUUACUCUUCCUUACUACAUCUUCGUGUUCACAUCUGAGGUGAUUGUUGCGUUUAUUCCAGCUUACAGCGGCUUGAUACUGGCUUGCCAGGUAAUAAACAUACUUCUAUAUAUCAGCCUGACCUUCUUUUACUCAUACAUUUCCUUCCUUCUUUGGAAAAAGCUUCACACUGUGCGAGAAGGUUCGUCGAAAACUCUAGACAGAGGCACGCAGACAUUUUCUAUUUUCAAACGUUGUGUAACAGCCAGUGUAGGCGGCUUUAGUAUCGCCGUCAUGCAUCUUUACGCUGCGGUCAGCGUCAGCGGCGCUUCAUCCCAUGCGCAAUUCAUUUCGCCGUGGCCUUGGUACAUUUUCAUGACAUUAAUGCGGUGUCUGGAGCUGGGAAUGUCCUUACUGCUAUACACAACAACUGCACACAACAGUGCUGGUCAAAAAGCUUGUAGGAAGAUAGAUGAGGCACCGAUGACCACGAUGCAGUCAAAGACUGUCAACGAGUCGGAAAUAGAUGACGACAAAUGA